GCCUCGGUGCUGGACUGCAGCUUCCUGGCGGCCAGGGCAACACGCAGCGGCAUCGUGGAGCGUCUUCUUUCCCGAGUGCCCCUUCAUCUCUCCCAGCCCCCUCCUCUCUCAUACCUGCAGCCUUUCUUUCUCCCUUCACUCCUACCUUAUUUCUGCUUGUCUUCCCCUUCUCUUACCAUUUUCUGGUUUUAAGGUUUUUGGUUGGUUUUUUUUUUUCUUCUCUUUCUUCUUCCCCUCCUCCUAUUCCCUUUUGGACCAUCUUCGUUUAGUGCCUCUUAAUUUCUUGAUUUCUUCUGAUUUUUUUCCCUUGGACUUUGCCUUGUCAUGUCAAGAUGGAAGUCAGGCAUGACUGGCUCUCCUCAUCCCCCCAUGAGGGCUUCGAGCAGAUGAGGCUGAAGAGCAGACCCAGGGAGCCUUCCCCAAGCCUCACCAGAGUAGGUGCGAACUUCUACAGCACUGUCAAGCAGCAGGACUACAGUGCCAGUGUCUGGCUGAGGAGGAAAGACAAACUGGAGCACUCCCAGCAAAGAUGCAUUGUGAUCUUUGCACUGGUAUGCUGCUUUGCAAUUCUGGUUGCACUGAUAUUUUCGGCAGUGGAUAUUAUGGGAGAAGAUGAGGAUGGACUCUCAGAAAAGAACUGUCAAAAUAACUGUCGGGUUGCUCUUGUGGAAAAUAUUCCUGAAGGGAUCAACUAUUCAGACAGUGCACCAUCCCAUUUGUCUCUUUUCCAAGGCUGGAUGAAUUUGCUUAAUAUGGCUGAAAAGUCUGUUGACAUAGUAUCUUCCCAGUGGGACCUCAAUCACAGUCAUCCAUCAGCAUGCCAGGGUCAGCGUCUUUUUGAAAAACUGCUUGAACUGGCGUCCCGAAAUAUUGAGAUAAAGCUAGUGAGCGAUAAACUGCCCAUGGAAUCAAAGGUAUUAAACGACUUGAAAACAAAGGGUGCUGAAGUGUUGUAUAUGAACAUGUCAGCAUAUAAUGAAGGUCGGCUUCAGUCAUCGUUCUGGAUUGUUGAUAAACAGCACGUAUACAUUGGAAGUGCCAGCCUAGACUGGAGAUCAUUGGGACAGAUGAAGGAACUUGGUGUCAUCGUAUACAACUGUAGCUGCCUGGUCCUGGAUUUACAAAGGAUAUUUGCCCUGUAUAGCUCACUAAGGUAUAAGAAUAAAAUUCCUUCGAGUUGGUCUAAGAGACUCUAUGGAGUGUACGAUACUCAAAAUAAACUGACACUGCAGCUGAACGAGACAAAAUCGGAAGCUUUUGUGUCGAACUCACCUAAACUCUUCUGCCCCAAGGACAGAGUCCUGGAUAUUGAAGCUAUCUACAGUGUUAUUGAUGAUGCCAAACAAUUUGUGUACAUUGCUGUCAUGGACUACUUGCCCAUUGUCAUCGACACCAAUGCUAAGCGGUACUGGCCAUAUUUAGAUGGGAAGAUAAGAGAAGCAUUAGUAUUACGAAGUAUUAAAGUACGACUUCUUAUAAGUUUCUCAAGAGACACAGAUCCCCUUACUUUUAACUUUGUUUCAUCUCUGAAAGCUAUUUGCACUGAAGUUCCAAGCUGUAGUUUGAAAGUUAAAUUCUUUGACCUUGAGGAAGAGAGUGCCUGCUUUCUUAAAGAACAGAAGAACACUUCCCUUCCCAAAUUGAAUCGUAACAAAUACAUGGUGACUGAUGGAGCUGCGUAUAUUGGUAAUUUUGAUUGGGUAGGAAAUGCUUUUACGCAGAAUGCUGGAGCUGGCCUUGUUAUCAACCAAGCAGACGCGGGGAACAGCACAAGCAUCAUUAAGCAACUCAAGGCUGUUUUUGAAAGGGACUGGUAUUCACAUUAUGCCAAAAGUUUACAACCAACAAAAAUCCCAAACUGCUUUAACCACAAACUCAAUAAAGGAACUUCAAAUAAGACUUCCAUGAGCAAUGUGAAUUAGAAAGACUAUUUUACCAUUUAGUAUGGCAAUGAAGAGUUAUGUUGGGGUGUAGCAUUCUUUCAUAUUUACAGACAAAAUACUUAAAGAAAAAGCAAAAAAAAAAAAAGUUUGGUUUGGGGGGUGUUUUUAGGAAAAAGCACACUUACAUUUAAUCUGUCUAACCUAUAUUCUCUAUAUGAAUAAUUUGAGACUUUCAAAUUUGUUACUUCUGACACUGAACGUCAUUUCCACUUCCAUGUAAAUUUUAAUGUUCCACUUUUGAAUUUAUCAGCAUGUGUCAGUGUUUCUGUUUUAGGACUUUCCCCAUUUGCCAACCUGGCUAGAGCAAACCUUGAGGCAAAAUGAAGAUUCAAGCUAUGAAAUGGCAUUCUAAGAUCACUUAUUGACAUACAGAUAGAUGGUAGGUUUACUGUAGGAGAAAAUGUAAACAAAUAAGCAAAGUUUCACCCAUAUAUAUAAUUCCCAUUUAAUAACUACCCUGUCAUAAAAAUACUUACUGGUUUUGAGUAUUUACUUUGAGUAUCACUAUUCCAUGUCUUCUAAGUAGCCUUAAAAUGCAUUGGAGUUACAGGACUGGUAGUUCUUUCAUCUCCUAACAGUAUGAGAAAUUUUUGAGAGGCUGGAGUAGGCCUCAUCAAGUUUGUCAUAUUCCCUAAAGCCUCUCAGAUUUUUUAUCAAAGUACUGUGGAUUCCUUUCAACAUAAUAGUUAUUUCCAAUUACAUGCAUUUUAUCUAACCGUGAAAAUCUCUGGGUUAAUAGCUAAAACCUAGAACUGAUUUUUUUAUGUUUUUGUAAUCUGAAGAAAAUUUCUUGCCCAAGUUAAAUAUCUAGCACGUGCGAGUCAGCAGAUAUGUGAUGACUCAUUAUUAAACCAACGCACAUCUCAAAAUCAAAUACUGCUUUUUAGAAAGGCCAAGGGUUAUGCAAAAUCAUGCAAUAAUUGUUGUUAAAUGAUCAUACAGUAAUGUUGUUGAUUUUUACACCUGAAGAAUUUGCUUUCCUAACUUCUACUUUAAAAAGAAAUAAAAAUUGUGAAGUGACAUUUUUUUGUUAAAAUGUCAUCCAUAUAGGUAAAUACACCUGCAUGGAAAGAAAGUGAUGCCUUCAUUUAGACCAUAGUUUUAGUUGGUGUCAAAAGUGUGCCUCUACAAUCACAACUAAGUUGCACCAAGAAGCAACUGUUCUAUAGAAGUGCGAAUUUACUCUUUGAAGAAAUACACACAAAUGUUUGACGACUGAUUUUUCUCCAGUCAGAGAUGUAAUAGCAUAGUUUCAUAAUAAAAAUGUUUCAUUACUAUGCCUCUGCUUCCAUUGAAGAAACACAGCCAUGAAAGCAAACUGCAUUUUGCAUUUCGUUAAAUAUUCACAGAACCUUCUCCAAAAUAAUGACUUUUGUUCUCAUCUUCUGAAGGCACACUUCAAAAGCAGAGGGCAAAAAAGAGAAAGAAACCCAACUAUAUUCCAAUGUAUUCAUUUAAUCUUAGGAAGAAGUUAAAAAUCCACCUUGACUUUCAAAGGGUAUCUUUUACUUAUAGGGUAAAAAUAUUCAAACUUAUUUCACAGAGAGCACAGUUUAGGAAAUUUUAAUAAAUUAGCAUAUGCACAACUUCAAAUUGUCAGCUGAGAGAUACCACACAAGACUAAUUAUGACCCCAGAAGGCACACUUUUGACAAAAGAAUUUUCAUUUAUUUUGCAGUUGCAAAUAUUUACAUCAUCUUACUGAAAAUUAUGAUUAAUCAAAAAAACUUUUAAGAUUGUCAGCUUCUACAGAAAAUAUUUUGCACAGCUCCAAUAGUCAAUAACAUUUUUUAGUAUUCAGAUAAACACAUGCCAUGUAUUAAUCUCACACACACAUAGAAAAGCAUAUGCUCUGACAUACUGAUAAGAAACAAGUAUUUUAAAAGCAAAAGUUUUCCUGUGUUGCUAUAAAGAAAGAUCUUUGUGAGGAGAAAUUUCUGGAUUUUCUUCUGUAUUUCAGUAUGUAUAGCAUAGCAUGUAUGGGAGAGAGAUUCCCAGCACUUAGCUUACUUGCUGUGAUUUUUUUUGUUUUGUUAAAGAAAUGAAUAUUAGUCCAGAUUAAUUAUUGGUGAAAAUUUCAGCUGAGUUAUACCACCAAUAACUUUAGUCUUGUGAGCCAAAAACCCACAAAAUGAACAAACAAAAAGCUCAUCACAUUUUUAAAAGCUGGUUGAGAUGGUUUUACAGUUUCUGAGGUCCCUAUGGAUAUGUGAUCUUAAAGAUAAACUUAAUACCACAUUUGAGAUAAACUUAAUACCACAUGACCUUACAUAAAAUACAAAAUAAUUUACACAAACAACAACAACAAAAAAAAAAAAAACAACUGCCUGGAGUUGUUAAUUGUAGCACCUAAUGGCAAUAAUAUACAGUAGUCAAUCAAUGCAGGGGAUUUUUUUUCCCUCUUGCAUUAUGGAUACUGCAAAUGUGUUAAGUUUUUUAAAAGACAUCUUACAUAAAAAAAUGGAGGAUCUGAGUGGAACACAAGUUUGUCAGAUAAUAAAGUUAAGUUGUUUACAAAGCAGGAUUUAGUGAUUAAAUGAGACUGACCAUUGACUGAUUUAGUAUAACAAAUUAAUGGUAAAAUAGUUUUAUUGGACAGAUCCUAGGAAAAUGCAGAUCAUGAAUACUAACAAGAUCUGUUAGUUUGCAAAUAUUUUCUUAUUGGCUAGAUAAACAGAUUCUUGGUGCUUCAAUUAUCCCCCCUCAAAGACCAGAUACUUUAAUGUGUUUUUUAAAAGUAGCAGUAUGUUUUGGUUUUAUGAAUGGAAGAACUUGGGUGGUUUUGAACAACUUUCAACGCGAAAUACUGCCCAGCCAUCCUAUAAAUGGAAUGGCAGACUCAAAUUUCAUUUGGUAUAAAGUACAGAUCAAUGCUGUCAUAACUGUUUAGAAUGGUGUCAGCUCCAAAGUAGUACAUAAGGCCUCGACCUAUUACAUUAGCCAAAAGAAAAAAUGCAUCCUUGAACUUCAGCAAAUAGGAAAUUUAAAAUGCCAGAUUAUUUUUUGAAACUGUCUAAGGGGAUUAACACCAAUUCUUUGGCCUAGGCCAGCGCUGUUGCUGUUUAACUAGAUUUGCUAAAACAGCCUCAAUUUUGGCUUCAGGUCCUUCUACCACUGUAAUAGAUCAGAAGCAAAUCCAUAGCUGAUUUCACACUAGUUUAGCAGGGAUCAGAAUCUAAACUAGUUUCCUCUUGCUUCCAAUCUCCUGAGUAUCACUACUGCACAGGCUAUUUCCUAAUUUAACAGGGAUUUGCAUUCAGGGGUUUCUCACAGACCUCACAGGCAUAACCCAAAAGAUGCACUUUCUCUAGGCCCUUCUAACUGGCAUUGGUAACUCUGUCAUAUUAAAGGCGAUUUCCUAAACAGAACAGUUUUAUUCUUAAAGAAUAUAGACUAUACUUGUUAUUUGCUGCAAACAUUUACUAGUGCCUUAUUCAUACAAGUUUUUGUUUAACUGUUCCUCAGAUUAAGUCCUGCUAAAAAUCUUGUAUCUAGUACGGAAGCAUAGAGCAAACUUCCUAAGUAAGAAGACUUUGUGAUGUUUACAGUUUAGUACCUAAAACUAGAGUCACAAAAAGACAAAAACUGACUGCAAGAUGUUGGUCCAAACCACAAACACAUCUAAACUGGAGCAUUUUUAUCCAAUCCCAGUUCAAGAGCUAAAUUUCACAAUUUACUCCUGGUUUCAUUAUCAAAUAAUCUACAACACAGUUGAAUUAUUCUGUCCUGCCAAGGUAUAAAAUCUGAAUUCCCCCAAUAUCUGGCUGCUAUCAAAACCAUAAUCACAGAAAUUCCUGUGGUUGAAGUCCAAAUAUCAUGCAGUGGCUACUUUCCAGAUCUUGCAUGUUAAGUCUCAAGUUGUUUCGGGGCAGCUACUUUUUCUGCCUGAAGCAUGAACUAGUAUCCACAGCUACUCUCACCUCUUGUUUGAAGACCAGAAAGGUAUGGAUUACGUGCUACAGCACAACGCCUGUUCCCUAACAGGAACAGAUUUAGGUUUUACCCAAUGUGGGGCCAUGUAUUCCUUCCAAUAAAUCCAAGCUGUGCUGGUGGUUCAGAAGAGAGCCUGAGAAACGAGUAAAAAAGCCUCCAAAUUAUAUUUUUAAGACCUACAUAUUAUUUGCUAUACUACCAGCUACCUAAAUUCUACUACAUUUUUGAGAUCUGUACAAAUAAAAACUGAACAAAUAAGUUCUGUUACCUGCCAGUUAACCCUGAUCUAAGAAAAAAAUCCAGACAACUUAUAGGGUUUUUUGUGACUUUAGCAUGUACUUACUGGAAGGAGUGUACGCACUCUCAUCAAGAUGGUAAAGACAUCAACUGGUUCUUCCAGUUCUUCAGUCUGAAGUUGUAAAUAUUCCUGUCUCAGACGAUUAUACACUUGACUCCUGAGAAUGGCCUUAUAGAGAGCACUAAGUUAUCUUCAAAUCUUUCCGGUCUUCAAAAUUAACUCUUCAUUUUAAUACAAAUAUACUGACUAAAUGUUUAGUAUGUUUCCAGAUGGUAAUUUCUGGUGCUGUGUUUUUCUUCCACUCUUAGUCUUUCUCUAUCUACAUCUAUCAUAUUUCAGUCAGUGUUUAAAAUUCACAAUGAUGCCUCCCAAGCUGAAGGUACAACUUCUAACACUGCUCCACUUCUAACACUGCAAGGUAUAGCAGCUCAACUGAUACUGUAGGAGAUCAAUUUUCUUAGCUGUAGUUUGUCACUUUAAUUACUGCUGGAUGUUAUUUAUGAUUUUCUCAGUAUUGAAUCAGGUUGCUCUUGGAUCAUCACUUUGCACAAAUGCCUUAGAAGCUUGCCAAACUAGCAUGUAAAAGAGACCUCAUUCAAAAUAGUUUAGACAAGAAAAGAAGAACUCAUGUGCUUUACACUCUGACGAGUGCUGAAGUCAAUGGAUAAACUCCAGUCCUAUAACAAAGUGGAGCUUUCUAUUGUACCUCCUGUUUAGAUUAAUCCUGCAUGGGCUUCCAAAAGUCUGAGAGAAUUGUUCGUUUGGAAUACCUUGCGACCAGGAAAUUACAGAGAAUCUGAAAAUAAUCCAGCUGUAUUGAGUGGUUCAACACAGUAACUUAAAAUGGGUUUUCAUGAAAACACAUUUGUAUUACGUAUCCAUGUGAUACAACUGCAUUAACAUGCUAAUGUCAGGUUUUCCCUACAGUUCAAAAAUAUGUAGGACAAAAAUCAAGGUACUGCAGCCUAUUUCUGAAAACACUGUUAAAAAUAGAUUUUAAGAACAUGCUUCAAUUCUGGCUGCAAAUUAUUCUGCUAUAGUAAUGUAGUCAGCUCUAUUUUGUUCACAACAAAUUCUACACUGCGAUUUUAUAGGAAGACUCAAUAACUUUUUAACCCUAUAAAAUAACUAUGAUCAUUCUCCUGUUAGGAACAGAGAGAAGGUUGAUGGCCAAUUCAGGCUACAGAACAUAAUGAAAUAUAAUAAAAUGGCUGGAAACUGCAGCAUUCCAGAGGAUUAUUUUAGGUUAUUUUAUGUUGCAUGGCCACAAACAUGAACGGUAUGAACUACAUGUAUCACAAUGGUGUUGCAUGAACAUACGGUGGACAUUGAAUCUCAUACAGUAAAAUCCAUCCCUCUUGUAACAGCAUAAAAUGUAGUAAGGAGAGAGAGGAAGGGGCAAAAAGAGCCAGAGGCAAACUUGGAUCAGCUUGAGUUAAUGGACUGGAUGCUGACAUAAAAGCUCUGGACUGCAUUUUUAUUUUGUUCCUCUCUCUGCAAAAUCCUGUGUUUCCUAUGCAUCCUCCUUGCUCAUCUUUAUGAGUAAACUCCCAUGAUUGUUUUUAGAAUGAAGAAGGAACCUUUAACAACUACGAACUUAUGCUAAACAGAAAGAAAUUAGCAUGAAUAAAAGUCCAUUGAUUUCUGUUUAACAGGUGCCAAGUAGUAAGGCACUAUUUGAAAUGGGACUCCUUGGACAUUAGAAGUUUCUAGUGUAAUAUAAGAAAAAAUUGACAACAUAGCAAGAUGCCUGCAAAUUUCCCAUCACACACAGCAUUUGCUUGUGAUUUGUUUGUUCUCUCAAUGUACAGAUAGUCAUCAGACAGAUACCAUUCUGAACUACUUAUAAACUGGUGAAAACUAAGCACAAGUAUCAGGCAAUCCAGCUUGACACACUCAAAUGAGGAAAAGGAAUCCUCCCAGAAGAGCUAACUGCAUAAAGUUUAUAAGACACAUAGAAGCUAGAAUUAUUUUCCAAUGUAACUUUGAGGGACCUAAUGGAGGUUUUAAUGGGGAAAGAAUCUUUCUAUUAAAGAUUAAAGGCAUGCACUGUUAUAUGUAGUGUCUAAGCAAAACAGCAUAUAAAAUGUAAAAGGAGAAGCUCUUCAAAUGGAAUUAUGUAGACCAACUUUUUGUUGACUGACCUGAUAACAAAUAUUUGCUAGUAGAUUUGCUCGAUGUUCAAUUAAUUCACAAAAAUCUCUUAAAUUACUCUGCAAGUAUUCUUUAUUUGUAUUUCUUCAAGUGACACUGUAUGUGUAUUCAGUGUUUUACUUGAAAAUUGACAAAAAAGCAAGAUGCCUUUGGAAGUGAUAGCUGUUUCUUUCUCAAGGUCAGAGGACUUCUCAUCUAACUUGUUCUCUUAUUGUCUCCUACUUCUUCAGCAGCCCAGUCCAUGCUUCCAUUUGUCAUUGCCUGAAUAGCAAAGAAAAUGAAGUAUUUUUAGUCACCUGCUGUUUUUGAAAACUGCUGGCUGCUCGACGUGUUCUUGCCCUUUGAGAGAUCCCUCAUCUAAUGAGAUACUAAAGGUAUAAUAGAGGACAAGCACAUAAUUCCAGAUGCCUCAUAUAAUUAUUGACCUGGAAAGACACAUAUGCAAAAUCUGGAAAAAGAGAUGGAGGACAGGGGUGAGGAGAAUGCUUGGCAAGCUUUAAAUGAGGUAGAAGUCCUUCUGAUGAUAUAAAUGCCUCUUUUCUAGUGAGCUUACUUUAUUCUAGAAUAAACCAUUCUUUACUACACAGCCAGAUUUGCAAUGAUGGAAAUGUGUGGCUAACUUCAGCAUGAAAAGGUGAGAGGUCAAAUAGCCCUCCUCUUUAUGAAUUGAACUAAUUUCUUCACUAUGUAAGAGAGGUGGAAGAAGCAGGUAACAUUCCCUCUUCUGAGGAAACAGGCCAGGUUGCUACUAGAAAUAGAGCUGAUAAGGUUUCUAAAAGAAACAAAGAUCUUACUCAUCUGACUUCUAUUAACUCUCACAAGAUGGUGCAUCUCUGUGGGAACUUGGGGCUCACAGCUUUUGUACCAAUUUCUUUGUGGCAAACUGUCAGACUUCUCAGGAGAGCUCCUUUUUCUCCUUCUCACUAUGCUCAAGACAGUUGUGACAUCUGCUUUUAAUAAUCUCCAGAUUCUUCAAAGACAUUUCUAAACUAGGCUGUAAGAAUUUUCCCUGUAAAAAGGAAAAAUGAAGGGCAGGUUCAGCGAAGAAUCCAAAGAACCCGGUACAAAUACUAAAAUACAUAAGAAAUCAGGAUCAAAAUCACAAGGCAUUCUCAUUUUUGCCAACAAAUGACAAUUGGGAAGGUAAAUGAAAGGCUAAUGUGGUACCUCAAAUUAAUGGGACUGGAAUUUAUAAACCAAAACUGUUACUUUUAUGGACAGUUCAGAGAGCAUCUGAACUGCUGCUCUCAGUAUGCAGAGAUGCAGUGAAGAAUCAGAGAGCUGCUUUGAUGUGCUGUACAAAGGUUUCAGCAUUCAAAGUCUUAUAUCCAUUUCUCAAUGUAUACAGCUUAAAAGGUAGGCUAAAAAAUGGGAUUCUGUGUAUAUUUAUACAGAUUUUACUGCCAAAUAAUCAUUGAAAACUAGUCACUUCUCACAGCGGUUGUGUCUUCACAUGUCACCACAGAGAUCUUAUUGAAUACGUCUGGAGAAAGGCAGAAAAGCAACAUCUGUGGCAGCAAGUAAGCCAACCAAAAAAAGCUGCAAGCCCAGUUUCCAAAUGCUAGUUAAUAAAAUAAAGGCAUUCAGGUACCCCAUCCAGCUCAGAUUCCAAAUACAGACUUGAGGAUCCUCACACACAUACACUCAGACACGUGUCCUCAAAGGAAAAAUUAGUAUCUUUGCUAGAAGAGCUUGGAACAUCUCUAGCGUUCCACUUGUACCACUGCUGUCCUACUCUUAAAUAAGGCUGACAGGAAAUAGUACAGCUUUCUGUAAAGGGCCACAUAUACUUUACUAGAAAAUGCAAAUAUGAACACAAAGUGACUCAAAAUAAUGAGUUACUGAAGUGGACUCCUGGCUGCAGCAAAGAGGGACAUCAGUGUCACCAUUUCUGAUAGCACACACCAAAGCCAUCUACUCAUCCUGUCAUUUCCUCACUGCAUGUGGGCCAAAGCUCACUUAAAAAAAAAAAAAAAAAAAAAAGGCAGUGUUUUAUCUCUGAAUGAAAUAUUCCAGAGAGGAUUAUACCUUUUUUUUUUUUCCUUAAUAGAUAGAACAGCAAUCACUGCCCCACUUUUCUUCCCUUCCCAUAUUCCACUUUGCAAAUUAGCAAAUGUUUCCACCAUCUCUGCUUCUGUCUUUUUUGUUUUCAAACUAUUUCCUGAAUGCUGUUUCUGAAUCCCUUGCUGCUGCUUUGUAUUCAAGGAUGAAUCCCUGCAACUUGCAUUGUUGGUGCUGUAACAUCCUACAAAGUUACUUCCACUAGCUUUACCUGAAGUGCUCAGAAGAAGGAAGUGCAUGCACACACUGUUAGAAGACACAUAAAUUACUAUUGAAGACAAGGGAAGUCAGGGCAAAAGCAGUAUGCAGCACUACUGGAAAAAUACCUGGACAGGGAAAGGGUUUAAAGUCAUACUCCUCAGACCAAUUUCACCUUGGCACACCCAAAACACAUAUCAGGAUCUAGAGCUCAGUUUUGCAAACCUUUCACAACUCACACUAGCCUUGUCUCCAGGUAUUCUGUUUGCUGUUGGCCUGAAGUCACACUCCAGGUUAACCUGCCAAGCUAGGCAAUAACAAGCGAGUCAAAACUACAGACAACUUCAAGCCACAUGACCUCAACUUUAUCCUGCAGAUGGCAUUUGGCCACAGAGUGGGUCUAACCUGGGUACUUGUCACCUUGUGACAGUUAAGAUGGUCCACCAUCAUAUAUAACACCACCACCUUCAAAAGAGCAAAUGAAGAAAGAUCAUCUCUCUGCAAAUGUAUUUGAAAUAAUCUGAGUGUGACUUUGACACUGCAUUGUAUUUCCCAACACAAUCUAAAAGUACGAGUCCUGUGUAGAGUUUGCAGAGCAAAAAGGGUAUGUACUCUAUGUUUCCUACUAUACCUCUUCUGAUAAAAUAAAUGUCAAAUAUAAAAAUCUGUCUAAACUUAUUUUGAAAACUGCAUGGCCAGCUUAUGCAGUAGCUAGAUACAUGGCAAGGUUACAGAAUUACUCUCUAAGGAGAAUACAAUUAAUAUGCUUAUAUAUUUUGUUCAGUUCAAGCACUGUGUAGUCUCCAAGUUCUGCUAUGAGAAGUAUGAAUCACUUCUCAUUAUCCUUCCUAUUCCAAAACACAGUAUUUAUCACAGAUGUGUACAAUACAGCGGCAUAGCUUAGGCCUGUUAUAUAGGUCAGUAUCUGCAAUGCACAUGAGAACAUAGUUUGCCACUGCAAAGGAGAGUGGCUGCAAAAUCUAUUUUGGAUAAUCCAAUUUAUAUUUGAAGAAAUCAAUGUGUGGUCAUUUCUAGAACUGUGAAUAUAAGGCAACUGCUGCAUGCUUGUAUAUUUGAUAAGUUUUAUUAUACUAUACCCUUAUAUGAAUGCCUAUGCAGUGUAAAUGCUUUAAUAUAAGAUAAUGAAUGUGUUUUUUACACAUUAUUUUCUAAACAAUGCUACAUUUUACUGCAUGUUUUUUCAUCUUUUUGUGUUGGUACAAAGUGCAAGCUGCAAGACACAUGCUUUUAAUAACUUGCACAGCAGCUGUUCGGAUCCAUUAUAAAAACAUGUUCUUAUGUAAAGACUUAAUUUGGCAAGAAAUGUGCUUCCUUUAGACAAUGGGCUUGGUUCACAGCAAUACCUGUGUACUUAAUGUUUAUUUAUUAAAAAAAAACAUUAUCCCUGAAUCUGUAAAUGGGGCCAUUGAGUCUCCUGGGAGCCACUGUGUUGGUAUGCUUUGUACCUUUGAAAAUGUAAAUCUGUAUUUACUAGGAAAACAGAUGACCUGUCCUGAUGCAAGCUGCAAUUGAAAAAAUCCAAUCUUGAGCAGCCACUGUCUUUGGUGCUGCAGGAUGACAAUGUAGCAAUCUUUUUUUCCCUUUAAACAAUACUUAAAGUUCAUACUCGUGACUUUAAUACAAUGAGUUUGUUACUUGAUUGUGAACUGGGCCCACUGUUUACUGUAUUACUAUUCAUAACCAAAGUUCAAUGCAAUUAACAAAAUUGAUCAAAUUAAUUUGUUUGGAAGAAAAAAGAAAAGAGACUGAUUUUGCUGAUGUUUUGGAGAGCUGGCUUGGUACAGAGUGUUACUUCUGUACCAACAUAAAUAGUACAAUGUCAGGAAAUUUUUUUUUAAUGCAAGGAAAUUGCUAAAAGACUGAUAGCUAAGACAGCAUUGUCAGUGGUAAUAUACUGAUGGAAACUAAGUUGCCAAUGAUAUAACAUAAAUCAAGGUAGUAAUUCAUUAAUUUAAAGAUAUGUAAAUAUUGAUUUUAAUGCUGCAGCAUCAUAGAGAUCAUUUUUCACUGCUUUGAUAUCCAAGGAUUCCUAUUACUACACAAACAUAUUUUAUCUGCUCCAGUUUUUAGGUUCAGUACUUUCAUUCAAAGCAAAGUAACUCCCAUUUCUUUGUACUGCACUGAAAUAAAGAAUCUUGUUUCAAUACAUAA